CAAAGUGCUGCUGGUAAAACUGCUGCAUUGAGAAGAGAGAGAAAGAAGGACAGUCAACUUGACAGAAACACCAGACUGGAACCAUGAUUUCAACUGUAAAGAAAGCUAUUAGACCUGUGUGGGCUGCCAGAGCAAUCCAUAAAUCUGCUGUGGAAGUCUUGAAGCAGCCAGCGCCCGAAGACACAGUCACAGCCAGUUUUGGGAAGUUUAUCAGUGAAAUAAAGCCUCAGCAUCUAUCCCCUGUAGUGCUGCACCGUAGUAAAAGAAUGGUGCUGGACAACAUUGGAGUUGGGCUGAUCGGAAGCACAACAGAUGUGUUUGAACUGGCCCUCCAGCACUGCCAGAACAUGUACGCUCCUGGUGACACCAGCUCUGUGUAUGGACACAGGGGCAUCAGACUCUCCCCGAUACUGGCAGCUUUUGUCAACGGAGUGGCGACUCACUCCAUGGACUUUGAUGAUACAUGGCACCCUGCCACUCACCCCUCCGGAGCUGUCCUUCCUGCUGUGAUAGCUCUCAGUGACAUGAUGCCAGCUAACAAUAAGCCCAGUGGCCUGGACUUCUUACUGGCUUUCAAUGUUGGCAUUGAGAUUCAAGGCCGACUACUGAGGUUCUCUAAUGAGGCCCACAAUAUCCCCAAGAGGUUCCACCCUCCUAGUGUGGUAGGCACCAUGGGAAGUGCUGCUGCGUGUGCACGCCUCUUAUCUCUGGACCCCAUCGAGAGCAGUCAUGCAUUGGCUAUAGCUGCUUCUCUAGCAGGAGCCCCAAUGGCUAAUGCUGCCACUCAGUCCAAACCCCUCCACAUUGGCAAUGCCUCCCGUUUGGGCCUAGAAGCAGCUCUGCUGGCCUCCAGAGGCUUAGAGGCAAGUCCUUUGGUCCUAGAUGCUGUUGCAGGGGUAGCCGGCUUCAGUGCUUUUUAUGAAGAUUAUGUACCACAGCCUUUACAAUCGCCCGGUAAUGACAGCCAUAUGUUCCUGCUGGAGGAACAGGACAUAGGCUUCAAACGCUUCCCUGCUCAUCUGGGGAUGCACUGGGUGGCAGAUGCUGCAGCCUCAGUCCAUAAGAUUCUCGUUGGAGUUGGCCCUGGCACUGUCUCCCCAGCUCAGGUGGAGGACAUCCUGCUCAGAGUCCCCAAAUCGAAGUACAUAAACAGACCUUUUCCAGAGUCUGAGCACGAGGCACGCCACUCCUUCCAGUUCAAUGCUUGCACUGCUCUCCUGGAUGGAGAAGUGACUGUGCAGUCCUUCACCCCCGCUGCCAUGAGCCGCCCUGACCUGCACGCUCUGCUGAGCCGUGUUCGCCUGGAGCAUCCCAAUGACAACCCCGCUAAUUUCAACCGCAUGUACGGUGAAGUCCAGCUAACCCUGGUUGGGGGCGACACUGUGAAGGGACGCUGCAACACCUUCUACGGUCACUGGCGCAAUCCACUGUCCAACGACAGCCUGAGGAAGAAGUUCAGGAGCAACGCAGAGGUGGUGCUUCCCUCAGAGAAGGUCGAGCGGCUGAUUGAAGUGGUGGAGGACCUGGACCAGCUCAGGGACUGCAGGAACCUUCUCUCACAACUGCAAUAGACUUUGGUUUUGUUGGAGUUACACAGUAGCCUAACAGCAACACAAAUAUUCUUGCACAUAAAAAUAUUCAAAUCAAAAUAUGAAAAAAUCUACAUGUUGAGCCAUCUGACAAUUUUAAUAUUGUAAUAUAGACAUAUAUUGUUAUUAUCUCGGUUCAUGAAAAAAAUCAGUAUUUUGAGAUAAGAAGUUGCAUUACAAAGGGAACAUUAGGUGGAUUCUAUAUAUUGAAUGCUUUCCAGUAUUGCUGCUGUAUAUACAAUGCAUUAAGAGUUGUGCUUUUCCAAACAAUGGAUUCCUAAACAGCCUAAAAGGUUGUUGCUUUUAAUCUAUAUGUCUGCUUCUAUUGUCAUUCAAAGAAGACAAUUUCAGUAUUUCUGUUUGUGUGUUUUCAUCUAAAUAAAUAAAAUUACAAA